AUGUCCCCGAGAGGUCUGGAGACCAGCGACAAGGGCCUUCUGGGCAACACCGUCCUGCUCUUCUUGAUCAGCACGGAGCCCAAGCUCCACACGCCCAUGUACUUCCUGCUCAGCCAGCUCUCUCUGUUGGACGUUGGGUUUCCACUGGUCACCAUCCCCAAGAUGGCAGCCGACUUCCUGCAGGGAGGGGGCUCCAUCUCCUUCGGGGGCUGCGCAGCCCAGAUGUUCUUCCUGAUGCUGAUGGGCAUCUCUGAAGUUGUCCUGCUGUCCCUCAUGUCUUACGACCGCUACGUUGCCGUGUGCCACCCCCUGCAUUACCCCAUGCUCAUGAGACGUCAAGUCUGCCUGCUCAUGGUGGGCACUUCCUGGUUCUCAGGUGUGCUCGUGGCCUCAGUCCAGACGUCCAUCACCCUGCACUUUCCCUACUGUGCCUCACGCACCGUGGACCACUUCUUCUGUGAAGUGCCCGCCCUCCUCAAGCUCUCUUGUGCUGACACGUCUUCCUAUGAGUUGGCACUGUCCGUCUCAGCGGUGCUGAUUUUGCUCCUUCCCACGUCACUCAUCGCGGUCUCCUAUGGCCACGUGUUGGCGGCUGUUCUUCACAUGCGCUCAGCAGAGGCCCGACACAAAGCCUUCACCACCUGCUCCUCACACAUCACCGUGGUGGGUCUCUUUUACGGGGCUGCCGUGUUCAUGUACAUGGUGCCAGGCACCUACCACAGCCCACAGCGGGACAACGUGGUCUCUCUCUUCUACAGUCUCAUCACCCCCACACUCAACCCCCUCAUCUACAGCCUAAGGAACAGAGAGGUUCGGGUGGCUUUGGUCAAGGUCCUUGGCAGAGGUGGCUUCAGGUCAAAGAGAUGA